AUGGGCAAAGAAGAGAUCUUCGACGAGCGAGACGAGAAAUUUUCCGAUCCCAUCCAGCAGGAAAAAGUCUCGAAUAUCAUCACCAUUGACAAUUUCCAAGUGCUGGGGCUGGAUCCAAAUGAUGCGAGUUUUUAUAUGGGGUUUUCGGAGGAGAGGAGGAAGAGGGUUAUUCGGAAGGUCGAUGUCCGAUUAGUUCCUAUGCUAGCCGUACUAUACCUCAUCUCGCACCUUGACAGAGCGAAUAUCGGGAAUGCGAAGAUCGAGGGGAUGUUGGAUGAUUUGGGUCUGAGUGGGAUUCAGUAUAAUACUGCGUUGGCUAUUUUCUUUAUUCCUUAUAUUCUGCUGGAGGUACCGAGUAAUAUGCUCCUGAAAAACUUCACCCGGCCAUCGAUUUACCUGGGUAUUCUGAUUACCUGUUGGGGUAUUAUUAUGACCCUUACCGGGGUUGUGCAGGGUUAUGCAGGCUUGCUGGUUGUUCGUGUGUUGCUGGGUAUUUUCGAAGCCGGCUUCUUUCCCGGUGCCGUCUACCUCUGCACAUUCUGGUACAUGCCGAAAAUUCUCUCCUCGCGCCUCGCCUUCUUCUACUGCGCCAGUGCCCUAUCCGGCGCGUUCUCAGGCCUCCUCGCCGCAGCAAUUGCGAAGAUGAAUGGCGUGGGUGGAUACGCGGGCUGGCGUUGGAUUUUCAUUAUUGAGGGCCUGGCUACUGUUGUUCUGGGCGUGGUGUCGUUCUUCCUGUUGAUUGACUCGCCGCGGCGGUCGAAAUGGUUGGAUGCAGAUGAGAUUCGGUUUCUGGAGGUGCAGCGGUUUAUCAAGGAAGGCGGUGUAUUGAAGGAAGAUAAUUUGCAGAAGAAGUUCCGGUGGAAGGAUUUGUGGGCUGUUUUGAGUAAUUGGCGGUUGUAUAUUCAGGCUUAUGUGCUGCUGUGUCAGUCUGCUUGUUCUUACGCAGGAACAAAAUUCACUCUCCCAACCAUCACAAAAGCAAUGGGCUUUAGCAGUACAAAUGCCCAACUAAUGACCGUCCCGCCCUAUGUUGCCGGCGCCAUCUCCGCAAUCUGUUUCUCUAUCCUCUCCGACCGCUUCUACUGGCGCAUGCCCUUCGUUGCCAUCCCAGUUACCAUAAUCGCCAUUGGCUACAGCAUAAUAAUCUCCUUCCAUGGCGCCCUGGAACAGAAUAUCGGCCCGGCCUUCUUCGCCGUCAUCCUAACCUGCAUCGGCAUCUACCCGACCCACCCAGCCACAACAUCUUGGACGGCGAAUAAUUUAGCCCCCGCAAACCGACGGGCUAUUGGAGUUGCGCUUAACAUCUGCAUUGGUAAUUCGGGUGGUAUUAUCGGGAGUUUUAUGUAUUUGGAUUCCGAGGCGCCGGCGUAUUAUACGGGGUUUGGGUUGAGUUUGGCCUUUGGGGGAACGUCGUUGAUCUUGGUGCUGUUGUUGGAGAUGAGUUAUGUUUGGGCAAAUCGGAGGAAGGGGAGGUUGGCAGAGGAGGAGGUCAGGGGGAUGUAUAGUGAAGAGGAGUUGUUGGAUUUGGGAGAUAGGUCGCCGUUGUUUAAGUAUACUUUGUAGUGUGCUGGCUGGACUAGGG